ACCCAAGCGCACCACCUUGGAAACCUCGAGAGCUCGAAACCCGCUACGUCAGACGACUCCUCCUCCAGCAGACACUGCAGUCUGGCCUUGCAUUCUCUAUCUCAGCCAUCGAGCAUUUUCCCGGGAUUUUUUCGCGCGGAUUUUAUUCAAAUGUGAGAUUAGGAUUAUCAUGCUUAAUCCGUUGACGAGAAAGGUGAUGAUGAAUGGACCGGGAGGUGGAAGGAACAACCCUGGGGGAGACGAAGCGUUUCUACAAUUUUGUUCACAAUUGGUCAUAGAAACGCAGAGGAGGGUCUUACGGCCUUGCGAUGCACUGAAUGAGGAGAUACCCAAAUCAAGGGCGCGCGCAGAGAAUUUCGACGUGAAUGUCGACUUCGGGAAUAACGUGUUGCGAUGUACCGCCUUCCAUUUCUCGCAAGUCAAGCAAUACCAAAGGUUCGCCAAUGCCUUGAAGGAGCUUGAGACAUGGGCGGACGACGCCAAUGAAAGGAUUGGUUGUAUUUAUCAAGACGAGCACGGCGAAGAGAAGCCGAUUACAGAACAGUCUGCUCAGAAAUUGAUAGAAAUCUUCAGGCAGUGGCACGCCAAAGUCAGCGCCCUGAAGAGUCGAGUUGACCGGAUAGCUCCAGUAAAGAAGCGGCAAAUCUCACAAUCAGCUCCCAUACGAGUGAAAGCCAUGUGCCAAUAUAACACAGACGGCAUUACCAUAUCGGAGGAGGACGAACUCCAACUGGUGGACAACUCGGACAAGAUAAACUGGGUAAUCGAACGAAACGAUGGUAUGAAGGCCAGUGUACCUUCAGUGUUCAUUUUCAUUCCCCCUCCAGAUCCUACGACAAAGAAUAAGCUCAAUCGAUUAGAAGAUGAUCUCCAGGACUGUCUCAGUAUAGCCGUUGAGUCGCUGGACAAGGCGGGACACUUUAAGCUCAGAACAUCAUUACGGGAAAUAGGCGAGGAUAACAUAAAUGGCGGCCCUGUUCAGAGUCCCUCCUUUCCAAGAGGCGGCAGACAUAAGUCAAACAAAAUAACACACAGAGUAUUUGAAAUAAAGGCCAAACUCGUGGACGAGGUAGUGGAAGAGGACAUCACCACGCUUGCUGGGGAAGAUGAAUCAUCGAGCAGCUCAACAACAUCCAAUAAAAUCGUCAUCUCUGCCGUCACGGAUCCCCGGAACCCCGAAGAAAUGCUAUCAGUUGCAGAGGCAACCGCGCUGGGCAUUCUGGACUUUGCGAACGGACUCUAUAUUGACCCUAUCUCGAGUACUAUGACGCCCAUCCCUGAGGCUAUGGCCUCUGGUUUACUUGUCGUGGAAGCCGUGGAGUAGUUCAUGAUGAAGGGUCGCCAUUUUAUCAUGCUAAGGUCAAGGUUACUUUGAGAUCAAGGCCGUAUCAACGUAUAUCAAAAUUUGCUCCUGUAUCCGUAGACACAGUGAAAAAUUUAUCCGAAUAAAAUGGUCAUUCGUCUUCGACAUCAUGAACCAAUUUCACCAAAAUUAUUUAAUAGUACAUUCCUAUAGAUUUUUAAUGCAUUCCAUAUAUCAAACUUUGUACCAAUUUUAAUGAAAACAUGUACAUGUAUGUGAAAUAUUCCACAUUUUGAACCUUUUAUACAAAUUUUAGCUAAUAAAAAAGUAGAUUGAAAAAGUCAAAUACCGUACAUUCGAGAGCAGCAGAUGCGGUGGUUUCUAUGAGAAGAUGUUAAUACAAAGUUCGUGUCUUACAUUAUUGCAAUAACCUCGCCUCUUCAUUAGUAACAGUUGCUAGAAGUGAUGCUUCCACCGUGUACUGACUCUGCCACAGGUUGGUAAGCUAGCGUACAUUUGGCCUCUUUCGGUUGGUCACUUCCAGUUGAAGAGGCGGCAAAACGAGCGAGUGAUUGACAUAAUUGUAACUUGCUUAGAACAACCGGGGCCGGUCGACAAUCAUACGUCUUUUUGACAUUGUUUGAAAUAGAAGUCGAAAGAGCAACAAAUUUUCCUCGAAAAUUUUUGAUAUUAAUCAUCCAGGGAACUUUUGAGUAAAUUUAUUGAGUGAAGGUUUCCACUGAAUGUAGAUUUGACGCGAUAUCGCAUGAAUGUUACAACGAAUGCGAUCUUUGCAUUGUUUGGGUGCAGUAUCGUGUGUAAAACAACAAAGCACUUACGCAUGCGUUGCCACAAUGCAUUCAGUGGAACCCUACCCUGUGCAUACAUGUACAUGUAUAUCCUACACAUCUUUGAAUUGUCAAUUUCAAUGUGUUACAUCAUAAAAAUCUCAAUGUUUUGUUUAUAUGUACGUUGUAUAAUAAAGCUUACGUUGACAUUGUAUUGUAAUAUUGUACUGUUAUUAAAAUGUUUGUGACUGAUUAUUGUAAAAUGGAUUAAUCCCUGCUUGUAUAGCCUGUUUUUUUGCUACACCGGGUAUAUCACUUUAAGCGUAAUGCACAACAAAUUAUGUACAUAUUACAUAAGUAUAUUCUUGCACAACAUAUGUGUAACUUUUUUGGUAACUGUACGUCUACAGUGUUGGUUAAGAUUCGAUUCAUAGAUCAGCCUACAAAGACGUGUCCGCUAAAGAUUCACUGAGACAGAUAAGUUAAUGAAAAUUGUGAUUGUUUUUUUUUUAUUCAGGUGUUUGACCUUGAUGGAUACCCAACAGACCAUCUGUAAACAUCCCUCUUCUUGGGCAUCUACCUCGUAAAUGAGUAGUCCUAAAUGGACUAUCUUGGCAGUGAAUAGCCAGCGAGAUAGUUUUCUUUCCAAUUCACCUGUCAAACCCAUUGUCAUCAUUGAUGAUAGCUCUUUUUUUCUCUUUUCAUAUUCUUCUUUAAAUGUUACAUAUCACAGAGCGUUCUAAAUAUAGGCUUUACUGUAGUUUUGUUUCGAAAGCUGUGAAAUAAAUUUCAUCUUAUGAUAUGUA